AUGCUGCAGCGACCUCGGCGACGCAAGCCGGCGGGCCAGGGGCGGCGGAGGCGGCGGCGGCCGGGGAGGCGAGCGGGACCCGCGCGCCGGGAACAAAGGCGCUCCCGGGGACGACCCCCGCCCACCGCCGCGCCUGCGCCCCGCGACCCGGGGCAGGCCGCAGCAGGCGGACCCGGACCCCUCGGUUCUGCCGAGCUUUCCCUGCGCAGGCCUGACACACCGCGGGGCACGGCCGCCCGUCACGCACGCAACCCCGCCCACAGGCUGCGGCCCGUCAGUCCGACGCGCGCACGGGCCUCCGGCCCGCACGGGCCCCGCCGCGGCAGUGUGCACGCCUCCCAGGGAGCGAGGGGGCCGCGCGACCCCCGGCCCUCCCGCCGAACCCGGUUACCUGGGAAGGCUGCCGGGCAGAGGGAGCCGCGCCAGGCUGGCCGCCUCACACCCGUGGUGGCGGCGGGGGCGGGCCCUCCGCGCCCCCUCUCCGGGGAGGGGCGCAUCCGUGGAUUGGCUAACGGGCCGGUGGCCUUGGAGGGUGGCCUCUGGGCAAGGGGCCACGCAGGUGCGGGCAGGGCCCUCAGACCCUCGGACGCGGGUCCGGUGGCCUUCGAGGCCUCUCGCGUGAGCCUCUGCCCUCCUCACGCUCCGCCCGCACCCUACCUGCACAUAGUCUCCGAAGCUCUGGCUGUCCUCGGCCUCGUUUUCCUCGUGCUGGGCCAGUUGCCCGGUGGCUUCCCCUCAGAGCAGACACAGGUGACGCCAAUCCUGGGUCUCCCCCGACCUCCGGACCCAGGCAUCUGGUCAUCUGCGCCACAGCCUUGCCAUCCUCAUCACAUGGCCCCUUUCACCGGCUACACCUUCUCUGUAUGGCAGUGA